AUGGGUGCAGGUUUUAAGAAGUUCUGCAUGCAGUUCUGCUGCUGCUGCUGCGCUGGUGACGAAGACGAUGAGGAUGAAAAACAGCCUUUAGUACCUCAGGACCCGUUGGAGUAUUUCAAUCGUGAAAUCCAGAAGCGUCGCGAUGAGGAGACCAACCUGUGGAGUGAGCCAGGAGACCCCAGCCACUCGGGGAGAGAAGACGACCGAGUGCUUCACACCCUGCUGCAGGCCAGGAAUAAGACCCGCAUGGGAUCCACGGGCUAUCGCCGUCUGAGUGUUGACAUUGAGGCCAUGAGAGACACACGCCGAGAAGUUAGGGAGAAAUGGAAGACGAUUCUGGAGAACCUAGGUUUUAUGGCAGAGGCAGACUCACUCCUGACAGUGUCUGCCGGGGCCUCACAUGACCGCAUGCGCAACGCCCCAGCAGCACGUGCGCUGCUUAAUACGCUCCACACUGAGACCUCCGUUUUCUUCAGCAGAGAGCCACCACCUGAGAGAUAUCUGUUCAUUCUGGAUCGCCUCCUGUAUCUAGAUAUAGCUGAAGAUUUCUUGGCAAAGGCAAAGCGCUUCUAUCCUCCAAAGGAGGAUUCAGAUGAGGAUACGCCGGGCCUCGCCAUAAACCUACCGCUGCUACUUGCCAGGGUAGAGGCUAUCAACGGGGGAGGGGAUGACGAAGAGGAAAACGAUAGCGAAAGAGAUGAUGGAAACAUGAGUGACAGAUCCUAA